AAUGUUGUCGUCAUGACGAGAAGAAGAAUUGGGAAACAUUCAUGUGGUCACGCCCCUGAAGCAGAGUGGGUGUAAACUCACUCACUCACACCUUCACACACUCACUCGUUCAUUCAUAAAGGAAGUGGACUCAGCAGCAACACAAUCAGGUGAACUGGCCUUUGACCUCUGAUGAGCAACAUGAGUGGAGAGACGGCAACGCUGCACGUGGACGGGAUCCCACCGAACACGCUCAGUCAGGUGCAGACACACCUACAGCCCUUUCAUCUGUCUCUGGAGAAACUUGGAGACAUUUCUUGUCGACUAAAUAAGUCUUUGAUCUUGGGUUUGGGGAAACAUUCUCACCACAGAGCUGCAGUGAAGAUGUUGCCCACGUUUGUCAGAGCCACACCUGACGGAACAGAGAAAGGUGAUUUCCUGGCGUUGGACCUCGGUGGAACAAACUUCCGUGUUCUUCAUGUUCGUGUUUGUGAGGACGAGCAGCAAGUGUUAAAGAUGGACAGUCAGAUCUGUUCUAUCCCACAGGAGAUGAUGCUGGGACCUGGAGAACAGCUGUUUGACCACAUCGCCUCCUGCCUCAGUGACUUUAUUGAUGCUCAGAAUUUAAAGGGACAAACUCUUCCUCUGGGAUUCACCUUCUCAUUCCCCUGUGAGCAGCUGGAGAUCGACAAGAGCAUCCUGAUUCGCUGGACUAAAGGCUUUAACUGUUCUGGAGUGGAGGGAGAAGAUGUGGUGAAGCUGCUGAAAGAUGCCGUUCACAGGAGAGGAGACUACGAUAUUGGCUCGGUUGCCAUGGUGAAUGACACAGUGGGCACGAUGAUGAGCUGCGGCUACAGAGACCAGAGCUGUGAGAUCGGCAUGAUCAUCGGUACAGGAACAAACGCAUGCUACAUGGAGGAGAUGAAGAACGUGAAGCGUGUGGAGGGUGAGGACGGACGCAUGUGCAUUAACACAGAGUGGGGAGGCUUCGGGGACGACCACUCCCUGAGGGACAUCCUGACAGAGUUUGACCUGACGGUGGACAACAUGUCCAUCAACCCCGGCGUCCACAUUUUUGAGAAGAUGAUCAGUGGAAUGUAUCUGGGGGAAAUCGUUCGCCUGGUGCUUGUGCGUCUGACGGAGGACAAAGUGCUGUUUCAGGGACAAAUGUCUUCAGCUCUGAAGACACCAGGAAGCUUCCAGACAAAGUUCAUCUCUGAGAUUGAAGAAGAAGAUGCUGGUCUGGAAAAUGCCCAGAACAUUCUGACCCAGUUGGAGCUGAAGUGGGACCCGGUUGACGUGCGGGUGGUGCGUCUGGUCUGUGACACCGUCUCCUCGCGCUCUGCCCGCCUCUGCGGCGCCGCCCUGGCAACCAUUGCCAACAGAAUGAGAACCAGCCGUGGCCUGGACCAUCUGAAGACCACGGUGGGGGUGGACGGGACAGUCUACAGGAAACACCCCAAUUUCAGUGACGAGCUGCAGGCCACCGUGCGCCUCCUCGCUCCUCUGUGCAGCCUCAGCUUCCUGGUGUCAGAGGACGGCAGUGGGAAAGGCGCUGCCAUGGUAACAGCGGUGGCUCAGAGACUCGCUCUUCAGUCCCGGCUGUUAGACGAGAGUGAGGGUGAAGAUGAUGACGAAGAGGAGGAAGAGAAAUGAAGAGAAAACAUGCUCACCACAUUCACUCUAAUAAAAAAACAAUGAAAAGUUUCAUCAAAUUAAAAAUCUAUAAUCCCAGUUUAAUCCACGUUUCUCUGCAUAAAACAUGAUGUCACUUCCUGUGUCACUGCUGUGUCCACUCAGGAGGACAUGUCAUCGCAAACAUGAUGUGUCUCACACUGAGAGACAAGCAUGUGUGAUGUGUCUCACAUUGAGAGACAAAUAUGUGAUGUGUCUCACACUGAGAGACAAAUAUGUGAUGUGUCUCACACUGAGAGACAAGCAUGUGUGAUGUGUCUCACACUGAGAGACAAGCACGUGUGAUGUGUCUCACACUGAGAGACAAGCACGUGAUGUGUCUCACACUGAGAGACAAACCUGUGAUGUGUCUCACACUGAGAGACAAACGUGUGAUGUGUCUCACACUGAGAGACAAACGUGUGAUGUGUCUCACUGAGAGACAAGCACGUGUGAUGUGUCUCACACUGAGAGACAAACGUGUGAUGUGUCUCACACUGAGAGACAAACAUAUGAUGUGUCUCAAACUGAGAGACAAGCAUUUGUGAUGUGUCUCGCACUGAGAGACAAACAUGUGAUGUGUCUCACAAUGAGAUACAAGCACGCGUGAUGUGUCUCACACUGAGAGACAAACGCGUGAUGUGUCUCACACUGAGAGACAAACACAAUACACACAUUUCCUCUAAAAAUUAAAAAUCCUCUAAAUCUGCCUCCCCCUGCUGGAGAGCAGAGGGAACUACACUGUGAACACACACACAUUUAUUUACCACUGCAAAUGUACAAUAUUUCGUUGUCAUGGUUACAGGCCUGAUCAUAACAUCUCUAUUUGUGUAUAUUUGUUGUAUCAUGUACUGUAUAAUGUACUUGUUUCAUGUACUUGUAUCAUAAACUGUAUCAUGUACUUGUUUCA